UCUCAGGUUUGUUGAAUUCUACUUUCUUUUCUCUGAUCCAAUCUCCCCGUUUUGGAUUCUCCUUUCUUGGAAUUAUCGAUCUUUCUUCGCCUCUCUUUCUUGAAGAAAUUCUCUUCGCUGCCUUUCUUAGAUCUAAAACCUCCAAAUUCUCAAAACAAGGAAGAAAACAGAUUGAGAUGGGGAGAGGAAAGAUUGUGAUCCGUCGCAUCGACAAUUCGACAAGUAGGCAAGUGACCUUCUCGAAGCGGCGUACUGGAUUGCUGAAGAAAGCCAAGGAGCUGGCGAUCUUGUGCGACGCCGAAGUCGGCCUCAUGAUCUUUUCCAGCACCGGCAAGCUUUACGAUUUCGCAAGCUCCAGCAUGAAGUCUGUAAUUGAUCGAUACCACAAAGCAAAAGAGGAACAACAAGUGUUGAGUUCAACUUCAGAAGUCAAGUUCUGGCAAAGGGAGGCAGCAGGCUUGAGGCAACAACUACAACACUUGCAAGAAAGUCAUCGGCAAUUGAUGGGAGAAGAGCUUUCAGGGUUGAGUGUCAAGGAUCUACAGAAUCUAGAGAGCAAAUUGGAAAUGGGUUUGCGUGAUGUCCGGAUGAAGAAGGACCAAAUAUUAACUGAUGAAAUUCAAGAACUUAACCGGAAGGGGAACCUGAUUCAUCAAGAAAAUAUGGAAUUGUGUAAGAAGAUGAACCUCAUUCAUCAAGAAAACAUGGAAUUGUAUAAGAAGGUCUACGGAACAGGGGAGUCAAAUGGAGGAGCAAAUAGAAACUUCUUUCUCCCAAAUGGUUUUACAAUUGUGGAGGACUUUCCUGUACCUGUCCAUCUCCAGCUCAGCCAGCCUCAACAACAAAACCAGGAGAUGGCAGUGACAGCUGUGACGUUGGGAUUACAGCUGCAUUAAAGAUACAAGUUCAGGAACCAUGGAAGGAUGUUGCCUCAUCUCCUGCCAAUUCCAUUCACCAACAAUUACAACAUUAUGCUAUUCUCCACAUGCAGUAUCUAUGCUAUCAGGAACAACAACCAGUAUAUAUUCUUCCAUGGGAUAUUGUUUGACAUGAUCAAAGGAACCAAUGAUCUAUGUAAAGCUAUGUAGCAAUAAUAAAGCACAGGCCAUACCUAGUGUUCUCUA